CGUAGGAGGCGGGGCUUGUAGGCUUACGCAGAGCCUCCUGGUCUGGUCGCGUCGAGUUUGCGUGCGUGCGUGCGUGUUUGCGUGUGGUCACAGUUCCCGCCAUCAGCCGCUCUCCCUGACUGGGGGUAGCGAGCGGUCUCGCUCCUUCUAGCUGAGUGUCCAUUCCUUCUUUACCCGGGCCCUCCCUCUCCGCGCGGACUUUGUGGUUCUGGCAGGCCUAUCCGGGGGCUCCGGACCUUCUGGCACAGAACCUGUCAGGUGAAAGUGUAUUUUUGAUUUUUAAUUUGGCUAGAAGCAAUUUAUUUUUAAAGAAAGUAUGUCUCCUCUGAAGAUACAUGGUCCUAUCAGAAUUCGAAGUAUGCAGACUGGGAUUACAAAAUGGAAAGAAGGAUCUUUUGAAAUUGUGGAAAAAGAGAAUAAAGUCAGCCUAGUAGUUCACUACAAUACUGGAGGAAUUCCAAGGAUAUUCCAGCUAAGUCAUAAUAUUAAAAAUGUGGUGCUUCGACCCAGUGGAGCAAAACAAAGCCGCCUAAUGUUAACUCUUCAAGAUAACAGCUUCUUGUCUAUUGACAAAGUACCAAGUAAGGAUGCAGAGGAAAUGAGGUUGUUUCUAGAUGCAGUCCAUCAAAACAGACUUCAUGCAGCCAUGAAACCUUCUCAGGGGUCUGGUAGUUUUGGAGCCAUUCUGGGCAGUAGGACCUCACAGAAGGAAUCCAAUAGGCAACUUUCUUACUCAGACAAUCAGGCCUCUUCAAAAAGAGGAACUUUGGAAACUAAAGAUGAUAUUGCAUUUCGGAAAGUUCUUGGUAAUCCAGGUAGAGGAUCAAUUAAGACGGUGGCAGGAAGUGGAAUAACUCUUAACCGGACUGUUUCUUCUUUGACGUCUACAUCAACACCUCUUAGAUCAGGGUUAUUAGAAAAUCGGACUGAAAAAAGGAAAAGGAUGCUAUCAUCUGGUUCAGAGUUGAAUGAAGAUUACCCUAAGGAAAAUGAUUCAUCAUCGAACAAUAAGGCUAUGACAGAUCCCUCAAGAAAAUAUUUAGCCAGCAGUAGAGAAAAGCAGCUGAGCUUGAAACAGUCAGAAGAGAAUCGGACAACAGGGCUUUUACCUUUGCAGUCAUCAUCUUUUUAUGGUAGUAGAUCUGGAUCCAAGGACUACUCUUCUGGUGGCACUAACCUAGAAAGGACUAAUGUUUCAGGCCAGACUCCCUCGGCUAAAAGAAGUUUGGGAUUUCUUCCUCAGCCGGCUCCUCUUUCUGUUAAAAAACUGAGGUGUAACCAAGAUUACACUGGCUGGAACAAACCAAGAAUACCCCUUACCUCCCACCAACAGCAGCAACUGCAGGGGUUCUCCAAUUUGGGGAAUACCUGCUAUAUGAAUGCUAUUUUACAAUCUCUGUUUUCACUCCAAUCGUUUGCAAAUGACUUACUUAAGCAAGGUAUCCCAUGGAAGAAAAUUCCACUCAAUGCACUUAUCAGACGCUUUGCACACUUGCUUGUCAAAAAAGAUAUCUGUAAUUCAGAGACCAAAAAAGAUUUACUCAAGAAGGUUAAAAAUGCUAUUUCAGCAACAGCAGAGAGAUUCUCUGGUUAUAUGCAGAAUGAUGCUCAUGAAUUUUUAAGUCAGUGCUUAGACCAGCUGAAAGAGGAUAUGGAAAAAUUAAAUAAAACUUGGAAGACUGAGUCUGUUCCUGGAGAAGAAAAUGCACCAGAUAUUUCAGCUACCAGAGUAUACACUUGCCCUGUUAUUACUAAUUUAGAAUUUGAAGUUCAACAUUCCAUUAUUUGUAAAGCAUGUGGAGAGAUUAUUCCCAAAAGAGAACAGUUUAAUGACCUUUCCAUUGACCUUCCUCGAAGGAAAAAGCCACUCCCUCCUCGUUCAAUUCAAGAUUCUCUUGAUCUUUUCUUUAGGGCAGAAGAACUUGAAUAUUCUUGUGAGAAGUGUGGUGGGAAGUGUGCUCUUGUUCGGCACAAGUUUAACAGGCUUCCCAG